CCUAAGAAAAAAACUUUUCCUAUUUUACUUUUUGAAAAACUUUUUUUUAUGGUCAGUGCUCUUUCCCCUUUCUUAUUUUUCUCUUUCUCAAGGUUUCUAACUGACUGAUCAUUCUUGGAAAAAGCUCACAUUUGCUGUGUUUCUUGGCCUUUGUUUUUGCUAGGAGUUGCUCAUACUACUUACAGCCCCCUUUCUAGUUUUUGUCUUACCUUGAUUAUUUCUUUCGACUCUAUAGUUCAAAAUGUCUUAUUUGGGGAUGCUAUUAGAGAAAGCUUCUGACUCUAAUAUUUUUUGAAGCAGCUAUUUUAGUUUCUGUAGCUUUCUUAAAAUGUUCCACUACAACCUAACUUACUUUGAAAUACCCGUUAUUUGCUGCUUUAAUUUUAAUCCCCAUUUUGAUACUGUAGCUUUUGCUGUUCGUUUUUCAUCUGCUCUGAAGUGUUCUACUUGGCCUAUUUCUAACAAUUCACUUUCUAGUAAAGCUUCUACAGUGUUUAAAGAACCUUCUUCCUGUAUUGUUAGCCCUCCGUUUCCCCUCUUUUCCUUAUCAAAGGUUGCUGACCCAUGGCUUUUCACCACUGGCAGCCAUUUUGCCUGCAGCCUCCUUCCCUGUCUCUCUCUAGGAAGUUUAUUUUUACCUGUUUGAAUUGUGUGGUCCCUUUUACUCUCUCCAGAAGCUUGAUCAUUUCCGCUUACUUUAUCACUCUAGCUAGUGACCCACUUUCUUAAGCUUCCCCCUUUCUCUUAAUCCCCCCCCUGUCCAAUUUGGGGGCCUUGUCUGUUUUGUUUUUUUAAAAUAUAUACUAAAGUUUCCCAUAAAUAUCCGGGUUGCAGUAAUUCCAUCUCCAUUCAAGUUCUGGUGGGUUUGUUUGUUGUUAUUGAUGAGCAGGGAGCUCCAAACAAGUGCCACCUUUCCCAUAGUGUUAGGCUUAGAUUUUGAGUUUGAUUUAGGGUUGUGCUGGGGGGCUACUCUGAGGUAGGCCCUGUUGGAAAGCAUGAAGUUAGUGCAUGGCAAACAGGACGGCAUUACAGUCAGCCGUUGGGCUUAGAAGAGGUUUGUAGCUUUAAGGAACCCAAUGCACCGUUGUUACCACGGUAACGAGAUCCACAGCGCAGAUGCUGCUUUCUCCAACCCACUCUGCCUAUCUUCUGCCUCCCAUUUGAGCCCCAUGAUGGCGACGCCUUCCCCCCCACCGCUUCUUGACCCCGAAGUACUAGCUGAACGCUUUGGUUUCUAUGAUUAUGUCGUCUUUAUAGCCAUGUUGGUCUUCUCUGCAAUAAUUGGCAUUUUCUUUGCCGCCAAGGGAGUAUACAAAUCUCAGAAUGACUAUCUGAUGGCUGGCCGCAGUCUAACUUGUUGGCCAGUUGCAUUGUCCCUCACAGCCAGCUUUAUGUCAGCGGUGACGGUGCUGGGGACCCCAGCUGAGAUCUAUCGCUUUGGGGUUGCUUUUAGUCUCUUCGUUUUCGCCUAUACCAUUAUGGUGCUGAUGUCUGCCGAAGUGUUCCUACCUGUCUACUACCGGCUGCAUAUCAUCAGCACCUAUGAGUACUUGGAGCUUCGAUACAAUAAAAAAAUGCGUCUGAUUGGAACAGUGAUGUUUAUGAUUUUAACGAUAUUAUACACUGGAAUUGUUAUAUAUUCUCCAUCCCUGGCUUUGAGUCAAGUUACAGGAUUUCAGUUGUGGGGGUCUGUUAUUUCAACAGGAAUAGUCUGCACUUUCUAUUGCACUCUGGGUGGCCUAAAAGCAGUGGUUUGGACGGAUGUUUUCCAGUUUAUACUGAUGAUAAGUGGGUUUCUAGCCGUGAUUUUUCGAACUUUAGUAAUUAAAGGAGGAUUUACUGCUAUUAUGGAUGAUGCUCGUCAUGGAGGAAGACUAAGAGUCUGGGACUUUAACCUAAGCCCUCUGCAAAGGCAUACUGUGUGGACAGUUACCAUUGGCGGCAGUUUCACUUGGCUUGGCAUAUAUGGAGUAAAUCAGUCUCAGGUUCAACGGUACCUUGCUUGCAAAUCAAGACUUCAUGCAAAACUUUCUGCAGUAUUCAGUGGACUCUCAAUGUACUCCAUAUACAAGGAUUGUGAUCCAUGGACUUCAGGCUUUGUGGCAGCACCAGAUCAGCUUAUGCCGUAUUUUGUGUUGGAGAUUUUGGGUGACUAUCCAGGAGUUCCUGGACUUUUUGUGGCCGGGACCUACAGUGGGACAUUAAGUACAGUGUCAUCCAGCAUCAAUGCAUUAGCUGCUGUAACAAUUGAAGACCUCAUUAGACCUCAUUUUAAGAUGUCUGACACAAGCAUGUCAUGGAUUUCCAUAGGAAUGAACCUGCUUUUUGGUGCAGUGUGCCUUGCCAUGGCUGGCGUGGCAUCCAAGAUGGGUGGUUUGUUACAGGCUGCGCUCAGUAUUUUUGGAAUACUUGGUGGACCUCUUUUGGGAAUAUUUUCUUUGGGCAUCCUUUUACCUUUUGCAAAUCCUACAGGUGCAUUUUCAGGUCUCAUGUGUGGAUUUAUUGUUACAUUAUGGGUUGGAUUUGGGGCUAUCAAGUACCCUCCCUCUCGCGACAAAACAUUGCCGUUACCCCUUUCAACAGCAGGCUGUCGGAAAUACAAUGUUACUCUCACCACGCCAUUAACUACUACUGUGCAUACUACACCUGCUCAAAGAUCUUUUCUUCAGGAGUAUUGGUACUCGCUGUCCUAUUUGUACUUUAGCACAUUAGGAACUUUGAUCACAUUCAUUGUGGGAGCCAUCGUAAGUGCAAUGACAGGAGGAUUUCAGCAAACCGUGGAAAGCAGACUUCUCUUUGGCAAAGAAGACUUUAUAGGCAACUUUGUGUUUUGGAAAUCUAAGUGGGUACAGCUGUAUGAAAAGCUUCAUCCAAAAGUUAAUCCAGAGGAGCCAGCGGUUUCUGAAGGUGCUGUAGAAGGUACCACGGAUGACACGGAAGGGGGAAAAUAGAGGUCACAACAAUUAACGCAGUGGAGUAAAAAGUCCAGCAAUGUUUCAUUUUAUUCAUUGUGUUUAAAAAUGGAAAUUUUGGUGUGUGUUUUCUCAAUAAAUCUGCAUUGAAGCAGU